CUGAAGUGCAGCUGCAGCUACCACCUCACCGCCCGCACUGUCACUCCCCUCGACACAACCACGCACGCAACCAAAGAGCACUCGAGAACCAUGGCAGCACCAACGAUUUCCGUCUGCAAGUUUGUAGGCACUGUCAGCCUGGGUCUCCUUACUGGCGUCUCCGCGACACUCUCCACUAUUACCCUGCCUUCUCUUCUUGCGCUACCCACCGCCGUUGACGCUCGCACAACAUCAGCCUACGUCGCGUACAAGUCACAAAACAUCACCUCCUACCUUCGUCACAUCACUACGUUCUCGUUGUUCUCCGCCUAUCUGCUAUCGCCUCGUCGAUUCCGUCACCCGUAUCUCCUCUACACGUCAAUCUUCGCAUUCGCCUCCGGACCGGCUGUCGAUUACUUUGUGUCUUUCCGCAGCGACACCGACGAACGGAGAGCAGCUUUAGACUUGGAAGCACAGGGCGACGAUGUCAAUGGCGAACAGGUUAGGCAGGCGGUCGAGAGGAGGAGGCUGACUGAGAGCACUAAGGCGGUUCUCACUGGGGCGGCCUUUGCUAUGCAAGUCAUCGGCAUUUGGGGUGACGGUGCAUAGGCGCGGAACAUUAUUCAAGCCCUACGCGUACGGUUCAAGGGCUCGUAUGAGCUCGGCGCCGGCUUUGCGGACUGACGAAGGAACGGUAUAUACCUAUGAACACGAUCUUAGCGGACUCAUUACUCCUUUUGUAGCUACUUGGUAUCUCAUCUUAGCGAUUGAGCGUCGAUCAAUUAUCCCACAAUAUAUGAGGGUUCCACUGAGGUUUUGAUUAUCCGGGAUGGCCGUCCUCACUAGCCAACAUGAAGCUUUGGCUCCCCCCCCCCCUAAGCGGC